CGAAUUUACAUAGAAAAACGAUAGAAAACGAAGCACAAAUGUUUAAGAGUAUACAAUCUUCGUUGAGCUGUUUUUAUUCUAACUCUGAGCUCUUGGCAUAAGCCUUGUGUCCGUCUUGUAUUUAGAAACAGUUUUAUUUAGCACUCGACCAAAGCAACAUUCGCUGAAAUGGCUAAGUGUUUUAUUUUUAUUGUGUUAUCGUUUCUAUUAUCAAGUGAAAUUAUUCAAGCAAAUUCUGAACAACUACCGUCAAAUAAAAAUGAUAAGAACGAAAUACUUAAACAAAUUGAUUCCAAUGAAAUUGAAAUAAACAGAUUGGAGUUUCUUUUAAAAGAAAUUGACAAUGAAGGCGAACAAAUAUUCCAUAAAACAGAUGUCAUAAAAGAACUAAAUUGCAAAUCGAUUUUUGACCAAACGGAGAUAGAUAUAACCAAUUUACUGAAAAAGGAAAAUGAAGAAUAUAAAGAACAAAGAAAUCAAUUGAAAUCUCAGGUUCAAGGACUAAUAGCUAACAUCUCGAGUCAAGAUAAUCGGAAUAUGGAAACAGAAAAUGAAGUGGAUUUAACAAAAAAGGAGAAGACUAAGGAGCAAAAUAGACUUAACGAAGAGAUAGUUAAAAUAAAAAGUGAUCUUCUCAUUUUGGGAAGUCAGUUGGAAAAUACAACAGAGAAAUUAAAAAAGUGUCAGUCGAAUAAUGAAAUUUUACUGUUGAAACUGAAACAAAAUGAAAAUGAUUUGCAAAAUGCUCAUGUAAAGUUGGCCGAUUUAAGCGAAAAUAUACAUGAACUGGAAUCAACAAAUAAGAAGAAAGAAACAGAAUUAACUGAGCUUCAAAACAACGAAACUUACAAAAACAACAACCAAAAGGAACUAAGCCAAGCAAUUACUAAAUUGGACACCGAUCUUCGGACUGCUGAAGCUGAGAAAAUUAAUUCAAUAUCCACAAAAGAGACACAAAAAUCUGAAAUAGAUGAAUUACAGUAUAACAACAAUAAAUUAAAGUUAAUAUUGUUUGAAACGGUAAAGGAAGUGAGCCAAUUGAGAAAAGAGAUGUUCGACAUGGAAUCCAGUAACAAGGAAAAGAUAGCAGAAUGCAAAGGAAAUAUGACAUCACAAAGAACAGAAUGCAACGAGUUAGUCCAAACACUUAAUGAUACGAUUUCUAAUUUACAAUCGUAUGUCGGUUUUUACAUAAAUGAUUAUACAAAAUUAAAUGCCACGAUUAAAGAGAGAGAUGGUCAGUUAAGUACAUUAAAAAUCGAAGCUCAAAAUAAAGCAAAAGAGUUGGAGAUAUGCAAAAAUAGUGCAAAGAUUUUGGAAUUAGACUCAAAUUCAAAACGGAUGAAAAUCGAUUCACUUUCUUUAGCAAAAAACGAUCUAGAAUCAAAAUUAAAAUUGAUGGAGGAAAGCUAUUCCGAUCUUCAAUGGAAUAAUACCAGGCUGACGGAGGAUUUAUUAAAUAGAAACGAUGAAAUAACAAAAUUUAAAUCAUGCCUAUCAGACGUCGAUCAGAAGAAAGAUCUUUUAGCAAGCUGCGAAAAAACCAAAGGCCAGCUUCAAAUAUCUCUAAAUGACCUGAGGAGUAAAGGACGAACUGAUGCAAGUGACUUUCAGACUGUGUAUUCUACAUAUUGCAAAUCAACAGAUAAGUCUUCGACUACUUCUACUAAAACACUUUCCUAUACUCAACUUUUCACCGUCUUGUGUAAUGAUGAAGUAGCUGAUUCUGGAUGGUUUGUAAUACACCGUAGGAACGUGGAUAAUUAUGCAAUUUCUUUUGAUCUAAAUUGGUCAUCCUACAAAAAUGGAUUUGGCAGUUUCUACGCAGACUAUUUCAUUGGAUUAGAAAAGCUACACAGAAUCACAUCAUCCUAUCGCCAUGAGCUUUAUAUUUACUUGGAAGACUUUAGCCAUCAAGUCUGGUUUGCCAAGUAUGAUAAUUUCCAAAUUGGCAACGAAGAAGAAAACUACCGACUUAAAUCCAUUGGAACUUACACUGGCAGUGCUGGAGAUGCUUUAAGUAGUGGACUCAACGCGGCAUUUAGUACCUAUGAUCGCGAUAAUGACUAUGAAUACUUUCGCAACUGCGCAAAAGAUUACCAUGGAGGUUGGUGGUAUAAAUCUUGCACAAACAGUCCAAAUGGUCGGCUCUAUACUAGUGAUUACAAGUACUUUGCAGUUUAUUGGGAUAUAUAUGUUUUUAAAUCAAUUACCAUGAUGAUUAAGCCAAAAUUUGAUUAGUUAAAA